AUGGUCGCCAGAAGGGAUCAGAGURAMURCAUAUCAAAUAAAAUAGGAGCUAUUGUAUUAGACACUUCCAAGAAUUACACCAUUGGGGAAGACAAUCCAAUAAGCCGUSAAGAWUUUCCUUUUCGUCAGUUUGUUUUCCAUAAGUUCAGUGAUGUACAAGCAUUCUGGGAAGAUCUCAAGUAUAUUUGCCUUAGGACUUCAUAUAAUAAAAAAAAGAAAAAUGUCAAAACCCAUCAUUCCUUCAAGUUCAGCGACUGUCAAACAGAGCUGAUCACUGAGGACAACAUUCUACCACCCCCUGGGGAUUCUUUGGGAGCUGCUGGACUUGACAGUUGUCUUUUUUCUCAUCUUGCUAGAAACUGGAGUUUCCGUACAGGUGACUUCAUGAAGUUUAGAAUUUUUUCAUCUGAAAAGAGAAAAUCGCAGCAUGAUAUAGUUGCAAAGCAAGAAAUUAAGAAGCGUAAAACAGACACAGGAAUCAAAGCACCAAGACCCAAAUCUAAAAAGAAACGACCAUUAAAAGAAUCUAAAGCUUCCCCUACUAAGAGACAAAAAGUGGAAGAGAGUCCAACACCAACUGAGAAAAAGAAAAGCUCUGGCACUGUUAGUGUGAACUSUCAUUUAGUGGCAGUAGAUGACACAGACAAAGCUGCAAUGGCUAAAAAGAAGGGAAUGAGAGUUUAUUUCUCUCCUGAUAAUGAUAAAGUUCUUAUCCUGUGUAAGAUAGCACUCGAGAUAAUGGGUGUGGAUAAUUAUCGUGAUCAUAAUCUAUAUGUACAAAUUAGAAACAUUCUACAUGAGCAUUGUCCAAAGGAUUCUUGGGACAAAACAGCUCCAAAUUGUAGAAAACGUCUUUAUUUGUUGAUGAGAAACCGCAAGAAUGAACUUACUGUGAAAGUGUGUGUGGCCGAAUAUUCAUCAAUGCAGGAAUUUGCAAAUGCCAAAGAUCGCCAUUACUAGGAUAUGAGGAGCCAACUAUUUUAGGUCCACCAAUCAGAACACUUGACGACAUAAAGAAUUCUGUUGCCAAGGACAUUAUC